CUACAUCCUACGAUAAGCCUGUACACUUGCAUAGUCAUAAAAACAAAGCAAGCAAGAUAAUAUGGGUUCCAUCGAUAAUCUUUUUAUUCAAAACUUGGCUUCCCAGUUUCCCAUGAAUACACUAGAGCCCGAAGAAUUCCGGAGGCAAGGCCACCUGAUGAUAGAUUUUCUCGCUGAUUACUAUCAAAAGGUCGAAGAAUAUCCUGUUAGAAGCCAGGUCUCACCUGGCUAUCUCCGCGAAAUUCUACCAGAAUCUGCUCCAUACAAUCCCGAAUCCCUCGAAACAAUUCUUCAAGAUGUGCAAACCAAAAUCAUCCCCGGCAUCACAAUUAAUUGGCAGAGUCCCAACUUCUUCGCUUAUUUCCCUUCUAGUGGAAGUACUGCUGGAUUCCUCGGUGAAAUGCUGAGCACUGGUUUUAACGUUGUUGGUUUUCACUGGAUGGCUUCACCAGCUGCCACGGAGCUCGAAAACGUUGUCACCGACUGGUUUGGUAAAAUGCUUCAACUUCCUAAGUCCUUUCUUUUCUCUGGAGGCGGCGGCGGUGUUUUGCAGGGGACCACUUGCGAGGCCAUGCUGUGUACACUUGUGGCAGCCAGAGACAAAAACUUGAGGCAACAUGGCAUGGAAAAUAUUGGCAAGUUGGUUGUUUAUUGUUCGGACCAAACUCAUUCCGCCAUGCAAAAGGCUGCCAAGAUUGCUGGAAUUGAUCCCAAGAAUUUCCGUACAGUCGAAACGAGUAGAGCCUCUAAUUUUCAGCUCUGUCCUAGGCGCCUGGAAUCUGCAAUUUUGACUGAUAUCCAGAACGGGCUGAUUCCAUUGUACUUGUGUGCCACGGUUGGGACGACGUCAUCAACCGCAGUUGAUCCGUUGCCAGCUCUAACCGAGGUGGCGAAAAAGUAUGAUUUAUGGGUUCAUGUUGAUGCUGCUUAUGCGGGAAGUGCUUGUAUUUGCCCCGAGCUUCGACAAUAUCUUAACGGUGUGGAAAAUGCAGAUUCUUUUAGUCUCAAUGCUCACAAGUGGUUUUUGACAACACUGGAUUGCUGUUGUCUCUGGGUGAAGAAUCCGAGUGCACUCAUAAAAUCUCUUUCCACCUAUCCCGAAUUCCUGAGGAACAAUGCUAGCGAAACCAACAAGGUGGUGGACUAUAAAGACUGGCAAAUAAUGCUGAGCAGGCGAUUCCGAGCACUGAAAUUAUGGUUCGUGCUAAGGAGCUACGGAGUUGGUCAGCUGCGGGAGUUCAUAAGAGGGCACGUAGACAUGGCCAAGUACUUUGAAGGGCUGGUGGGCAAGGACAAGAGGUUCGAAGUUGUGGUGCCGAGACUUUUUUCAAUGGUCUGUAUUAGGGUUAGGCCAUCUGCGAUGACUGGAAAGAGUUGUGGAAAUGAUGUGAAUGAACUCAACCGAAAGUUGCUGGAGUCUUUGAAUGAGUCUGGGCGGAUAUAUGUGAGCCACACGGUGUUAGAUGGGAUCUACAUAAUCCGCUUCGCCAUUGGUGCAACUCUAACAGAUAUCAACCACGUCAGCGCGGCUUGGAAGGUGGUGCAGGACCAUGCAACCGCAUUGCUUGAUGAUACUAAUUUCCUGGCUAAAAAAGUUGCGGAUAUUAUAUUAUCAUAAAAUGCAGAGACUAAGUUCUGUUUUGCAUUAUUAUAUCGGUCUUUCUAACGUGUGCCCAAGGGCAUACAAUAAACACCAACUCUCAUGAAAAUAUACAAUAAACACCAACUCUCAUGAAAAUGGUUUCAUUUGAUUGGUGGACUUGAUGUAAAUAGGGGCAUCAACAUUUAUUAUCUAUCCACCAAUCAAAAUCUAAUAUUUUCACGAGAGUUAGUGACUAUUGUGUGUCAUGGGCACACCAUAGAAAAUUCGUUAUUAUAUUUGUUAUUAUCAAUUAAAUAAAAGAAUUUAUUUGUAAGUGGGAUAUAAUUUUAUUUGUAAUAUAUUUAAAAUAUUUUACUUUCUUCUA